AUGGAGGGGACCAUCCACUCCAGAACAGUGGGGACCUUACAGAGCCGGUCCCUCCUUACCUGUCAGGGGUUCCAUGAGCUGGGAGGCCUGUGGGAUCCCAUCUCCCACUCUCCUGCUUACACUUCUACCUCCUGCUCCCAACAGGUCAUCAUGUCUCACUUUCCAAAGCGUCCACGCCUCACAUUUGAGCCGGGCUUUCCACAUACAGAUGAGAUACAGGACCGGCCAGAAGCAGAGAUGGCGGCCGCUGAGGACGAGGAGGACGAGCUCUCCACUUGUUCAUUCACCUUCUCCUACCUAUCCACCUCCUCUUCCGCCACUUCCUCUCCUGGGAUCCUGAGCACUUCAGAGGAAGAGAAGGGGGAGGGAGAGCAAGGGAGUCUUCGGGGCCCCUGCUCCUCUGCCUCCCGCCUGUCAUGGAGCAUAUUGGGCAGAGACUCCAGCAGCCAAGAAAAGGAAGAUACAAGCUCUCCACAGAAGUCAGCAGACACCAAAUCUUUGCCCGGGCAGCCUCUACAACAGGAUGUGACUGAUUUGGUGCAUUUCCUGAUUCGCAAGUAUCAGUUGAAAGAGCCCGUUACAAAGAGAGAAAUGCUGAAGGCUCUCUUCAAAAGGUACAAGAAGCAGUUCCCUGUGAUCUUCAAGAAAGCUUCCAAGUGCUUGCAGGUGAUCUCUGGCAUUGACAUGAAGGAAGUGGACCCCACCAUCCACCUCUAUGUCCUUGUCGAUUCACUGGAACUCAGCCAUGAUGAGAUCAGUGACAGCCAGAGCAUGCCUACAAAUGGCCUCCUGACAAUGAUUCUGGGUGUGAUCUUAAUGGAGGGUAAUUGCGCUUCUGAGAAGAGCAUCUGGGAUUUCCUGAAUGUGAUGGGGGUGUACGCCGGGAAGGAGCACUUCAUCUAUGGGGAGCCCAGGAAGCUCAUCACCAGAGACUGGGUGCAGGAGAAUUAUCUAGAGUACCAGCAGGUGCCUGGCAGCGAUCCUCCACACUACAACUUCCUGUGGGGGCCAAGGGCUUAUGCUGAAACCAACAAGAUGAAAGUUCUAGAAUUUUUGGCCAAGAUCAGAGGGACUGACGCCAUUUCCUUCUCACACUGGUAUGAGGUGGCCUUAAGAGAUGAGGAUGAGAGAGUGCAGGCCACAACUAGCUCUGUGGACAAUGCCAUGAUCAUUGCUCAGCGUUGGUCAGAGGUUUCUCUCACCCCAACUGAAGAAUGA